AUGUCUCUUAACAGAAAAGUUGUUCUGGUCACAGGCGGCUCCAAGGGAAUAGGGAAAGCCGUCGUAGAGCGUGUUGUGGCCGACGGUGCGAAUGUUGUCAUCAACUACUCCAGCGAUAACAAACCCGCGGAAGAGCUUGUCAGCAAAAUAGGUUCUGAGAGAGCUCUUGCUUUCAAAGCUGAUGUCUCGAACAUCUCUGAGAUCGAGAAACUUGUGCAAGCGACGGUUGAGAAGUUCGGCAAGAUCGAUUGCGUAAUGGCAAAUGCUGCAUGCGCCCCCAUGAAUGAUCUGGACAGCACAACAGAGGAAGACUUCGACAAGGCCUUUAAUUUGAACGUCAAGGGACCUUACUUCCUGGUUCAAAAAGCAGUUAAGCACAUGCCACGAGAUGGCCGAGUCAUCCUCGUGUCAAGCGGUGUUCUUCACCAAUCUCAAGUCGCGCCUCGCUAUCUUCUUUAUGCAUCCUCGAAAGGCUCCGUUGAGCAGAUGACACGAAUUCUCGCCAAAGACCUCGGACCCAAGGGCAUCACUGUCAAUGCCAUCGCCCCUGGUCCGACAGCCACAGAAAUGUUCUUCCAGGGAAAAUCGCAGGAACUUAUCGAUACCAUCGCCGGCUUUAGCCCUCUUGGGCGCUUGGGGAAGCCUGAGGAAAUUGCUGCUUUGGCUGCCUUUCUUGCUGGUCCAACUAGUUCCUGGGUGUCUGGGCAGGUCAUUGGGGCCAAUGGGGGUUCCUUUGUGUAA